GCACUCCCAGGGCUCAGUUGCUCAAGAGCAGCUGUGCGAUUCAGACCAUGGAGAAUUAUCUCUUGUCUCUGAAGAGCGCUGUGGCUUGUGGGCUGAGCUUCAGCUGCAGUGGCUGGGUGACGGAUACCAUCUUCAUCUUCCUGUGUGGGUGGGGACUCUACUUCCUGCUACUUGCCUGCCUCCAGAGUACUCCAUCCUUACCACCACCUCGGAGGGACAGGAACUCCAGGAAGCAUCAAAAGGAGCUGAAGGUGAGGAACAGAAGCAGAAAGAAGCAUGGAGCUUUGAAAGCUUGCCAAGAUUUCCUACAAGAACUGGAAGAGGCUCGAAGGCUGAUUUUACUUCUGCAACGCCGCCUGAGGAUGCACCCUGAAAAGGGCAGCUGCCAUCAGCCCCUAGGUCACGACCCCCCAGGCAAGGUGUGGCAAGAAGUACCUGCCAGACCUUGGAACCAGUCUCCAUGGAACUGUGUGGAAGAUGCUACUCCCGCCGUGUCCCUGUCAGCUUCUCCAACCAACCACUCCUUACCUCUGGCCUCCACCCACUCACCAGGACCCAUGUUUUCCUCAAUUUCUGACAGUUCAGAGUCAUACCUGACCACCUCUGAGCCAUCAGACAUUCCUCUUCCCCUGGAGAGCCUUUGCCCCCAACCACCUGCUCCAUCACCUCAGCGCCCCUCAGUGCCCCCUGGUUCAGAGGCCUGGCCUCCAACUCUGAUGGCCUCCGCUGGCAGCCCAUCUCCAGGCUCUAGUGUGACUCUGCCUCAGUGUGAGUCAGUGUCACUGCCAACGGGCACUGCCCCACACUCUUCUCCACAUGCCCGUUGGCCGCCUUCUCCCGUGCGAACCAUCACAGGCUUAGGACGCUCAACCCGUCCUCAUUUCCACCUGUCCUGGUGGGAUUCAAGGGCUGCCAAAGCCGUGAGACUCUCAGACUCACCACAUCCUGAGUCCCUGCGAGGGUGCCUUCACAGCCCCCCACCAGGGGUCCCAUUUUGGAGAGAUACCAGAAACCACCAAGUGGGGGAUCGUAAACCGACUUUCACCAGUUCUGACCUCUGGAAGCUGCUGGAGGUGCUAUUCCGCGAGAGGGUGAAGCUGGAAAUUGGGAAGGAGAGAGAAGCGGCAGAGGGGUCAGAAAGUCACCUAAAUUCUCUGGGAAAUAUGUUGAAGUCCCUGCAUGACACAGGGAAUGUCAUGGGUGGCCCACCAUUGUGGAGCAUGAAAGAUCAGCUGCUGGGUGCUAGAAAUCCAACACAUCCUGAGAUUUGGGGGAACCACCUACAGAAGGGUGGUCAGCUCCCUUCGAGUCUCCACAAUCUGCAUAGUGAGUCCCUAAAGGCACCUGUCAGGGUCUCUGUAUCCCCAGAAGAACCUCCCUCUGUCCUGUUGGGACAACUGUCUAAUUUUUUCCCUGUGCCAAUUCAAGGUGCAGGAGAGGCUUCAUAUCACCCUCUGUCCCAGCCCUCGGUCCAGUCCCCUGUGGUCCAACCCCAAUACUUGAUUCCUUCUGGGAACCAACCAUGGGCUGCACCUCAGGCUCAGGUCAAGACCCAGGCCCACGUCACAACCUCCUGUUCAAUCCCACCGACUUCCCGACCAGCCCAGAGUGGCUACCGUGGGAUAUCUAGCCCAGCGAGCCCGGGUAGCAUGCCAUCUUUCAUGCCAACAAUGAUUCAAAAUCUUCAAAGUCACCUCUCUCAGAAGCACCUAGAAAGCAGGACUUCAGCCCCUAUGCAGAAAACAUCGCAAGAAGUCCCCAUCAUCUCUCAGGUCUUUGGGGCCUCCCAGGCCCCAAGAUCAUUGCCUCAAAGAAGAAUGAGGCGGCCCAUACCCAGGUGCCCACGGAAGUACGCAAAAAACAAGCUGCGAGCCCAUUUUGCUAGGAAGUUCGUGCAGAUUCCAGAAGGUCAGGUCCCCGUGGAUGGCCAUCGCUCCAGGCUGGGGACCAGCCAUGCCUUGCAGCUUUAUCGAUAGUCCAGGGCUUGUGAGGGCCUGGACGUCUGGUCUCCAACACCGGCCAGGAACCCAACAAGAACUCACCCUGGAGAGCGCUCUGCCCACUCUCUCAAAACUUGCUGGAAACGCAUAUUUUAAGGCUUUUGCUAGGCACAGGUGGUUCUCACCCCUCAAAAUACUCAAGUUCCUCAGACAUAGUCCCCAUAGAAUUUCCUCCACCAAUUCACCUAUGCACCAUCACCAUAGUCCCCUGUGCUCCUCCCCCCUGCCUCCUGCUCCCACUCCCUCCCCCUUCCUGCAGGACUUCUCUGCUUUAUAAAUAUCCGUUUUUGUCUUGUUGUGUUGUGUUGUUAUUAUUUUGUUCUCCUGAUGUCUUAUUUGGUUCCCCUGUAUUCCUCCUAUAAGUGAAACCAAUCGAUAAAAAAGUAAACAUUGUAUAAAAAUGAGCAAUGAUGUAAAAUAU